AACCUCAAGAAUUCUUUAUAUUUUAUGCAUAAGUUGGAUUCUCGUUCUCCACUAUCACUAAUCAACCAAUCCUCUCUCAUUCUUAAACUUGAUAAAUCAUCUUAUUUGUCCAUGCAAACUAGCAAUCACAAGCAUAGCUACUCCAAACUCACACAAGGCAGAGAUGCAUGAGUUUGCCUACGAAGAACUUGAAGAAGCCACCCAAAACUUCUCAGCAACUCAUCUCAUCGGCAAAGGAAGCCACGGAAGCGUCUACAAAGGUGUUCUUCGAGACGGAAGAAUCGUCGCAAUAAAAACACAAUCACUAGGCCUCCAAAAGCUCCAAGACAACUCCAAGCUCGAUAACGAAGUACGUAUCUUAUCAUCACUCCCAAAAGCUUCCAAGUGUUUGAUCAAUAUUAUUGGAAUUAGUCACGACUCGUUUAGUAACAAAGUGUUGGUCAUGGAAUACUUGCCGAAUGGCACGCUUCAUGAUUUCCUUCACUUGUCACCGACUCCGCCAGCGUGGCCUAAACGGAUCGAAAUCGCGGUCCAAAUUGCCCGAGCGGUGCAGGUUCUUCACGAGAGAAAGCCUUCGGUGAUCCACCGGGAUAUCAAGGCUUCGAAUAUUUUGUUUGAUGAGAUUUGGGACGCAAAGUUGGCGGAUUUCGGUCUGGCGACCGAAAUGGCCAGCGACUCGUCGAGUCAACGAGGUGACUCGACGUGUCGCCCGGCUGGUACCAUAGGGUACCUGGACCCUUGUUACACUUCACCGCACAAGUUAAGUGUGAAAAAUGAUGUGUUUAGUUUUGGAGUGGUAUUGCUCGAGAUUAUUAGUUGUUCGAAAGCAAUCGAUGUUAACAGGGUGCCGGCAACAAUUGUUCAUUGGGCAAUGCUGCUAAUCGACGAGAAUCGAAUCUUAGACCUUUGCGACAAAAGACUCGCCCCGGCACGCCACAUGGAACCUAUGAUUUUGCAUGUUGUAAAUAUAGCGUUACGUUGCGUUUCACCAAAACCGUACAAUCGGCCAACAAUUUCCGAAAUCGUGACCGAUUUGCAAAUUUGCCUAGUCGAGCCGACUCGAUUUCCGAUAUGGAUGACAUCGUUUUUUCGCGGAAUUAUUUUUCUCCAGAAGAAGCGACGCAAAAUCGGCACCAAGCGGUACAAAACCACCACAACCAUAGUUUGCGCAGCACAUGAAGCUAGUAAGCAAGUCGACAUUUCAAGUAAAAAGUUGUUACUAAGGGAAAUACUAGCCGAUGCAACAUUGCGUUAACGGAAAAUCAAAAGGUUCGAAUCUCAUCAACAACAUCCCCGGAAACCGGUGAGUCACUUUGAUACAACUCAGUGAGUGAAGAAGCUCGAGUUGAUUGGUCAACAGGAGCCAACUGGCAAAUAUAAAUUCAUGCUGACCGGGCUGCUGAAGCAUUCCAAAGAGAAGAUUCUGAAAAGUAGGUAGCACUGAGAAAAGAAUAGCAGCUUUCAUAUUGAUGCACACUCAUGCGAAUCGCUAAAACUGUACCACUUUGCAUUAAAGUAUUGCGCUAUUGCUUGUGUGCUUUAUUAGUUAAUCAUCAUCCAUA